CCCGAAAAAGCGCGCGUAAAAUUACGAAAAUGCCCCCCGGAACAUUUUUCGCCCAAAUCGGCGAUUAAUUCACUUCAUCAUCGGUGGACAAUAGCCCCAGAUCGCCUCAGGCCGAAUCCGCGAUCUGUAGCCUCCGAAAUCCAUAAAAAAUGACCAUUCCAUAAAAUCGCCCGAAAUCUGUGAUGGUACCCCUUUGGAAAAUGCCAAAAAUGGGCCCGAAACAAAUAAGCCCGAAUCGGUGCCUAAUCGACUUAGUCAUCGUUGAAGGAUAGCCUCAGGUCGAAUCCGUGUUCCGAGGCCUCAAAAUCCAAGGAAAAUGUCUCCCGAAAAAGCGCGCGGAAAAUUACGAAAAUGCCCCCCGGAACAUUUUUCGCCCAAAUCGGCGAUUAAUUCACUUAAUCAUCGGUGGACAAUAGCCCCAGAUCGCCUCAGGCCGAAUCCGCGAUCUGUAGCCUCCGAAAUCCAACAAAAAUGACCAUUCCAUAAAAUCACCCGAAAUCUGUGAUGAGUACCCCUUUGGAAAAUGCCAAAAAUGGGCCCGGAACAAAUAAGCCCGAAUCGGUGCCUAAUCGACUUAGUCAUCGUUGAAGGAUAGCCUCAGGCCGAAUCCGUGUUCCGAGGCCUUCAAAAUCCAAGGAAAAUGGCCUCCCGAAAAAGCGCGCGUAAAAUUACGAAAAUGCCCCGGAACAUUUUUCGCCCAAAUCGGCGAUUAAUUCACUUCAUCAUCGGUGGACAAUAGCCCCAGAUCGCCUCAGGCCGAAUCCGCGAUCUGUUGCCUCCGAAAUCCAUAAAAAUGACCAUUCCAUAAAAUCGCCCGAAAUCUGUGAUGGUACCCCUUUGGAAAAUGCCAAAAAUGGGCCCGAAACAAAUAAGCCCGAAUCGGUGCCUAAUCGACUUAGUCAUCGUUGAAGGAUAGCCUCAGGUCGAAUCCGUGUUCCGAGGCCUUCAAAAUCCAAGGAAAAUGUCUCCCGAAAAAGCGCGCGGAAAAUUACGAAAAUGCCCCCCGGAACAUUUUUCGCCCAAAUCGGCGAUUAAUUCACUUCAUCAUCGGUGGACAAUAGCCCCAGAUCGCCUCAGGCCGAAUCCGCGAUCUGUAGCCUCCGAAAUCCAACAAAAAUGACCAUUCCAUAAAAUCACCCGAAAUCUGUGAUGGUACCCCUUUGGAAAAUGCCAAAAAUGGGCCCGGAACAAAUAAGCCCGAAUUGGUGCCUAAUCGACUUAGUCAUCGUUGAAGGAUAGCCUCAGGCCGAAUCCGUGUUCCGAGGCCUUCAAAAUCCAAGGAAAAAUGCCUCCCGAAAAAGCGCGCGUAAAAUUACGAAAAUGCCCCCGGAACAUUUUUCGCCCAAAUCGGCGAUUAAUUCACUUCAUCAUCGGUGGACAAUAGCCACCUUUUGGUACCUAAAAUUUUUUUUACUUUUAAUUGGUGGUUUCACUUAGACUUCUUCUUCAAGUUCUCUAUUAAACAAUGGUGAAUUGACAAUUAGCUGGUAUACUGAUAACUCUAGUCUCUAAUUAAUAUUUAAGUAUUUAGAUCAUCGUCCAAUUUCGAGGAACACGGUAAAUUAAAAAAAAAACAACAAGAUUAGAGGUGACAGCUCAAACAACUCUUUUUAACACCACUCGUUUUCACCAACGACAACAACAAAGACAAAUAACCAACAGCCAAACACAACCAUCCAUAAUACGCACCAACACGUAUACUUUGUACACGUUAACAUCUAAACCAUAGAAAGAAACCGUAACAUACUACGAAAUGAAAUACAUCAGCGUCGAUCCUAAAAAUGGCUUCUACUCCAAUGAAAUCCCUUCCCGGAGACGUCCUAAUUGACAUCCUCACCAGGCUGCCGGUAAAAUCCAUCCUCCGGUUCAAAUCCGUCUCCAAACACUGGUCCACCCUCCCGACGACGCCCCAAUUCGUCGCCGCCCACCUCCGCCGGUCUUCCGCCGACAACCCUCUCCUCAUCGUCCACCACGGCUUCACUCUGGGCAACCUCAGACUCUCCGUGUACGACGCCGAAUUGGCAACCACCCUCCAUCCCGAUUUGAAGUUUCCUGUGGAAAGUUUCAACGAGUUCUCACCGUCGGUCGUCGGGUCGUGCAACGGUUUGGUCUGUAUCGAGUUCGACACCACCGGGUUCCUGCUGUGGAACCCGGCGAUGAGGCAGCACGCGUGGCUGCCGGUGGUGGAUCUUCGGUCACCGUACAGAUCUCGCGAGACGAGGUUUGUGGCUAUUUGUGAGAGUUUUGGGUUUGGGUUCAGUGGCCGUGUCGAGGAUUACAAGGUGGUGAAGUUCGCCAGUUUCUUCGACGAGGACUGGAAAAGGGAGGAUCAGGUGAUCUGGGAGAACUUGGAAGUGAAGGCUGUGGUGUUCUCGUGGAAGUCUUGGUCAUGGAAGGAACUGAGAGAUGCCCGGAUCCCAGUCGCCUCUUACGGCCACCAAGUUGCUGCAAACGGCCAUUUGUACUGGCUCGGCACCGGCAAAGGGAAAAAGGACUUCGUGCUCGCAUUCGAUCUCGCUAGUGAUUCGUUUUGGACAAUAGACUUGCCCGAUCAUAAUCCUCACACACCGCCGCCGGCCAGAUCGUCGGUCGCAGUGUUCAGAAGUUGCCUGACCAGGCAUCAUCGGACGUUGUACGGAGGAGAUGACCUGGAUGUGGUGGUGAUUGGUGAAAAUGGGGAAGACAUGAAGGGGACGUUGUGGGAGUAUAUAUGUCGCCAUGGUUGGUUUGAUGGGAAGAAUGAGGAUCGUGAAACUGAGCAUUAUUGCCGAGGGUAUUGGAAUAAUGGGGUUCAAGUUAUGAGACGGCGAGGGAGGAACAUGGAUGAUCUCUACUUGUUCGAUCCGGAGAGCGGAGCGAUUCGUCAGUUUGAUGGCCUUAUGAUUCGUGUGUACGAUGUUUGCAGUUUUGUGCAUAGUCUUGUUCCGGUUCGUGGAAACGAACAUCAUUGUCGAACCAUUAUGACUCCCGCCCGAUGGUCCUUUUGAAGUCUUAUCGACUUGAUCGUUUUUAGUUCAAUUUUUUGCUUCGAGUGGAUGUUAUUUCUAACUUUCUUUUACAAUAUCUGAUUUUCGAGGAGCUAAGUUCUUGUAACAUAUUGUUGAGGGGUGUGCAGACCGGACCAAAUUUUGGACCGGAUCGCACCGCACCGGAUUAAGUAUAAUGCGGUCCGGUUUUUGGUUCAAAUGAAUUUUACAAUUAUUGAAGAAAUGAUGGACCGAAUUGAUAUUUGGACCGAACCAAAUGGAUCGAACGCAAUGAUGGUCCAGUCCUUGGUCCUAUCCUAAUAUCUCUUUCACUAAAGGACCGCAGUUCUCAUAAGUAUGGUCCGGACCAGGCCGAACCGUUACACACCCCUAAUAUUAGCUUAGUUUGGCCCUGCUGUAGCUGUUGCAGAAGCAGCUUCUGGCCGGAGCUUUUAGAUAAGUAUUUUAAAAAAAACAGUUGAGUGUUUGGCUGUAAAACUAUUAAAAAUGAUUUUUAAUAUAAGAGGUUAUGUAAA